GAGCUUGGAACUACACAUACACAUUCGCGUGCGCGCACACACACACGACAACAGAACCAGAACACCCUCCUCUGGACACACCCUACUGGGGAUCACUGCUUCUCUUUUUUGAUUCUGAACCAUCGCCCACGCCGCACAGAGAGAGAAUCUCUCUCAUCCUCAGCAUCAUCUUGAAGAAAACCCCUUUCUCCUCAUUUUCACUCUGCUUGUGAGGACACCUACAAUCACACGGGCUGAGCAUCCCUGAAGUUAAAGCUCUUUUUUUCCUUUUUCUUUUUUUUUUCUUUACCUUUCGGAAAUUUGCCGCUUUGCUGCUUUGACACAGACAUCAACCAGACAAGAGUAACAUCACGCCGGACAAAAGACCUGCACAUCGAAGGACCUAGAUCAUUAUCAUCUUUGUACAAGAAUGGUUACUAUAAUCAGCACCAUGGAAACUCAGGUGUCUAACGGUCCGAGCGGAACCAGCAUGCCCAACGGCCCAGUCAUGAGCCCCAACGGCGCCACAGAUGACAGCAAGACCAACCUAAUAGUCAACUACCUGCCUCAGAACAUGACCCAAGAGGAGUUCAAGAGUCUGUUUGGCAGUAUCGGUGAGAUUGAGUCCUGCAAGUUGGUCAGAGACAAGAUUACAGGGCAGAGCUUGGGCUACGGCUUCGUAAACUACGUCGACCCUAAUGAUGCAGACAAAGCUAUCAAUACACUCAACGGUCUCAAACUGCAAACAAAAACAAUCAAGGUGUCAUACGCCAGACCUAGUUCGGCCUCCAUUCGUGAUGCUAACCUAUAUGUGAGCGGACUACCAAAGACCAUGAGCCAGAAAGAUAUGGAGCAGCUGUUUUCCCAGUAUGGACGCAUUAUCACCUCCCGCAUCCUGGUUGACCAGGUUACAGCAGGCAUAUCACGAGGAGUGGGCUUCAUCCGUUUUGACAAGAGAAACGAGGCAGAGGAGGCCAUCAAGGGCCUAAAUGGCCAGAAGCCCCUGGGUGCUGCCGAGCCCAUCACGGUCAAGUUUGCCAACAACCCAAGCCAGAAGACAGGCCAGGCAUUGCUGACCCAACUCUACCAGACAGCUGCCCGUCGCUACACUGGCCCCCUGCACCACCAGACCCAGCGGUUCAGACUCGACAAUUUACUAAACGCCACCUACGGAGUCAAGAGUUGUCCAUCUGUUCUCCCUAGAUUCUCGCCCAUCACCAUCGACAGUAUGACCACAUUGGCUGGGGUGAACCUGACAGGCCCUACCGGAGCUGGGUGGUGCAUCUUCGUUUACAACCUCUCACCUGAGGCUGAUGAGAGCGUGCUGUGGCAGCUGUUCGGGCCGUUUGGCGCGGUCACCAACGUCAAGGUCAUCCGUGACUUUACCACCAACAAGUGCAAGGGCUUCGGCUUCGUCACCAUGACCAACUACGACGAAGCGGCCAUGGCCAUCGCCAGCCUCAACGGCUAUCGCCUGGGCGACCGGGUGCUGCAGGUCUCCUUCAAGACCAGCAAGCAGCACAAGGCUUAAGCCUAGCCAGUACCACUACGUUUAACCCACGGAGGGAGAGGCUGCUAAGCUUCCCCGCAUAUUCACUCAACAUGGGCCUGGACUGAGUCUCUCUCUGAUACACAUUCGGCACAUACAUUACACGCACAUACACAAUGCACACAUAUUUAGUCUGAGUUUCCAAAAAAAAAAAAGAAAGAAAAAAAGACAAACACGAGAGGUUUUUUUUUCUCUUUACACAACAUGCUAGUCCUUCCCUAUGUUUGCCAGGAUUGAAUUAGCAGGAGUGGGAAGUCGUUUGUGGGUGGGGGGUGUGUUUCGCAAGGGACGCAGUUUAAAUGAAUGUGACGCAGAAUGUGUACUGAGCGCUUUCGGUUUUAUUCAGGCAAAUUUGAAGAACCGACGAACAAAAAAAAAAAAAGAUUUUUAGAAAUAAUAUAUGUGCAAUUUACCCCAACACUUGCCCCAGUAACUCUCCUCUCUUGAUGGAGAAAAUGUAGUCACUUUUUUACACUUGGGCAUUUUUAAUCAGUGAUUUUUCUAGAUGUAAAAAGAAUCAAAAACAGUGUUUUCUUAUAUAUAUUAUGAUAAAACUAUAUAUUCAAUAUUUAUAGUGGUUAUAAUAGCCGAGUAUGUAUGCAUUCUCUAGAACGUAGGGUUGAUUACGGUUUCCUGGCCUCAUAUAAGGAUGCAUUCUAGCUUUAGGGCGCUGUACCACACCAUUCAAGCUCCAACCCGACAGCCAAUUAACGUGCAUGUUGGCGCACACACACACACACCUGAACUCAAUACAGUCUACAAAGUAACUUACAGUCUCAUUUUAAACUUGAUUUAUAUAUUCAUUUGAUUUUAAAGUUCAGAAUCAUAAUACUACAAUAGGCUGGGUUUACAUCUAGAAAACCAUCUAGCUACAAACCAAGCUUAACAAUCUUUAUAGGAAUGGCCCUAGAUCGAACUAAGAUUUUAUCAGAAAGCCAUACAGAUCAAAGGCAAUAUCUAAAACUUCCUUUCUAAAGUUCACAGAAGGGUGGUAGCCAGUCCUCUUUUUCCGUACAACUUUAUUCAUCACUAUGCCAGUGUCAUUCUCUAGCCAUCUUUUACACUGACAACACCUACGCUCCCAAACAGAUCCCUACGCAGCCAACUAAUGGCUCCAGCACGAGCUAAAAUAUUCCAUUCCCAUGUCCAUUUUAAAGCAAAGCCAUCACUCCAUUCAAACCCUUAGUAAUUAUUUAUAAAUCCCCUUUAAAAUAGAUGCACUGAAUGACAAUGCCCAAAAGUCCAACGCCCUUAAAAAGUAAAUCAUUCCAGGGAGAGACGUUGCUGUAAAAACAAAUAAGAACUUCACCUGACAGAAAGAGAAGGGUUUCAAACGUGCAUUCAAAUCAAAUGACAUUUUGCUUUUUCUAGAUAACGCUGUGCUAGCCAAAGAGGACAAUGAUCUCUUUGAAAAAAAAAAGGAUUACAUUAAAGAUUAAUAUAUUUUUAUACCUACAGAAAAAACAAGACCUUGUGCAACAUUUUUACAGAUUCUUAAGCGUGAGAAAAAAAAAAACCUUUGGGACACACCGCAUGGCUUUUAUUUUUUCUGAAUUUUCAGCUUUGGGAAGCGGGGUGGGGGGUGGUAAACAGGCCUGACUGUCCGCGGUGUA